AUGAAGACGCCGAGUAGCCCUGAUGCCAAAGUCAAAAAGACUCCUGUUUCUGCAAGUAAGGGUCCAAAGAAAGUCGAUGUCAGUCUUCCCGGGCCCUCCCCCAAACGAGCUCGACGCGACUCUGAGGAGUCUAUCAAGCCACCUAAGGUCAAGAAAUCGUCCAUGGCCGCUGUAGAGUCUCCAAUCGACAAUGUUAUGGAACACUCCGAGAAAGACCAUAAAGCUUCGGUAUCCGCAAAGAAACCAUCGCGCGCCAGACGCGAUUCAAACGAAUCUGUACGAUCUGUCAAACAACCCAAGGCCAAGACAGCCCCGGGAUCGUGCUCAGGAACACCUGCUGCCAGCUCACCUAAUGAAACCAACCAACCAUCCGACGAACUUGGUGUUUUCAAGAAACCCGAGUCUAUUAGGAAGCCAAAGUCGAAAGGGAAAGCUAUGGCAGCAGAAGAUGACUUCGAUGACUCAAUCUCCAUCGCUGAUUCUACCGUCAGCACUACUAAGACGCGACGCAACGAAAGCGAACGUAUUGAAUAUUUUAAGAACCAAGCCGAGUGCGGAAAGUUAGAACCGCACUCCGCAGAAUGUAUAAUAUGCAACAAGGUUGUAAACCUUGGUCGCAAACAAACUUACGCUGUCCGGCCUUGGGAGAUCCAUAGAGCACGCUGUGAUAAAAAGGCAGCUGAAGCUAUUCCGACGACCCCUGAACGUGCGGAUGCGUCCCCCGAUGUUGAAGAGGCUGUUGCGACCACCAUACUGUCCCCUGCCUUCGACCCGAUGGCUGCUCGUCGUCCCAGCGAGGCUGACAGGAAAGAAUACCUUGAAGCAGAUAAGCAGAUUAGUGAACUCGAGAAGCACCGAGCAUGUUGUAAUAAAUGCCAUAAAUGGAUCGACCUUUCUCCAACACAGCCGUACGCCACUGGCAAUUGGGUGAAGCAUAAGAUUAGGUGCUCUGACGCUAUCCCGAGUAACCGGGUCGCUGCAGCAAAGCGAAAAUUACUCAUUGUGAACGACAAGCAGGUCAAAUCGUUUACCCCUCACAAGAUUGAUUGUGCUUUCUGUGGUGGCACUGUUCCCCUCGAAGGAGAAGGAGACUUCAAUCUUACAUGCUGGGAUGAACAUAAGGAAAAGUGUACCAAAUCCGUGCCUGUUUCUAGGAGCGAUAACAUCAAUUCUAUCGCAUUUCCCUCUCGUUUCUCAAGGCCCCCUCAUUCUUCAACAUCUACGGACGGCAGUUUGGCCGUAGACGCUGCUUUAGGCUCGGCCUCGGGUAUCAAGCGUCCCCGUCAGGAUUCUGAGGUUGCCUUAGACGAAGAAACACGGGCCUCGGCACGCCCAAGGACAUCUGCAUACAUCCCUCCCGACAUUGAACCUCCCAGCUCUAUCCUGGGCUGGUUUAUGCUUCCAUUUCAUUCCUUUGUCCGCGGCUUCAAGGAGAGUUUGAAGGACAAAUCUUAA